GGCUACAGGAAAGGGCCACCAGACAGGGCUAUGUCCUUAGGUAGAAAAACACUGCCACUGCCAACUCACAGCCCUUCAGGGAGCAGGGAGAGAGCAGGAAAUUUUUUAAAUAUCAUCCCCCAAUCUCCUGUCAAUGUGUCCCUUUGGCUGAAAAAAAAAUCACCCUCCAAUCUCCUGUCAAUGUGUACCCUUUGGAGCCUGAGUGAAAGACAGCCCAUUGACGAGGCACAGACAUGUCUCUUCCCAGGAUGCAAAGUGUCACUUCUUUGGACUAGUCUCUCACUGUCAUCAUAAGUGCCUUGAGAAUGGAAUGCGGUUGGGAAAAAAAGGGACCGGGAGUACAUAGGUACUCCCAGGUAUAAGUACACAGGGGCACCAGUGGAGGUUUUCUGAGCAUGGAUCCAACCACCCCGGCCUGGGGAACCGAAAGUACAACAAUGGAUGGAAAUGACCAAGCCCUUCCUCUGCUUUGUGGCAAGGAGGCCCUGAUCCCGGUCUUCCUGAUCCUCUUCAUUGCCCUGGUCGGGCUGGUAGGAAACGGGUUUGUGCUCUGGCUCCUGGGCUUCCGCAUGCGCAGGAACGCCUUCUCUGUCUACGUCCUCAGCCUGGCCGGGGCCGACUUCCUCUUCCUCUGCUUCCAGAUUAUAAAUUGCCUGGUGUACCUCAGUAACUUCUUCUGUUCCAUCUCCAUCAAUUUUCCUAGCUUCUUCACCACUGUGAUGACCUGUGCCUACCUUGCAGGCCUGAGCAUGCUGAGCACCAUCAGCACCGAGCGCUGCCUGUCCGUCCUGUGGCCCAUCUGGUAUCGCUGCCGCCGCCCCAGACACCUGUCAGCGGUCGUGUGUGUCCUGCUCUGGGCCCUGUCCCUACUGCUGAGCAUCUUGGAAGGGAAGUUCUGUGGCUUCUUAUUUAGUGAUGGUGACUUUGGUUGGUGUCGGACAUUUGAUUUCAUUACUGCAGCAUGGCUGAUUUUUUUAUUCGUGGUUCUCUGUGCGUCCAGCCUGGCCCUGCUGGUCAGGAUCCUCUGUGGCUUUCGGGGUCUGCCACUGACCAGGCUGUACCUGACCAUCCUGCUCACAGUGCUGGUCUUCCUCCUCUGCGGCCUGCCCUUUGGCAUUCAGUGGUUCCUAUUAUGGAUCUGGAAGUCUGAUGUCUUAUUUUGUCAUAUUCAUCCAGUUUCAGUUGUCCUGUCAUCUCUUAACAGCAGUGCCAACCCCAUCAUUUACUUCUUCGUGGGCUCCUUUAGGAAGCAGUGGCGGCUGCAGCAGCCGAUCCUCAAGCUGGUUCUCCAGAGGGCUCUGCAGGACACUGCUGAGGUGGAUCACAGUGAAGGAUGCUUCCCUCAGGGCACCUCCGAGAUGUCAAGAAGCAGUCUGGUGUAGAGAUGGACAGCCUCUACUUCCAUCAGAUAUAUGUGGCUUUGAGAGGCAACUUUGCCCCUGUCUGUCUGAUUUGCUAAACUUUCUCAGCCCUGAUCUUAAAACAGUUAAGAGAGUCCUUGUGAGGAUUAAGUGAGACAGUGCCUAUGAAACAAACACUAAGUGCAGUGUCUCUCGAACUGCCUUACUCACAGGCUUCCACGACAGCCCCAUGAGAGCUUUGCCAACUCUGGGGUCCAGGGUUGUUCCCACUUUUAAUGAAUCCUACCUUUUGCAGAAGGCUGAAAGCAGUGCAGAAAAGGUCUGCAUUUCUUUGGUCACUGCACUUGAUAGGGACUCAAAGAAUAUUAUAUUUUUAAUUAAUUUCUUUUUCUCUUCCGUACAAUUUCUGUCUCAACAAAAUUAGAAAAAUCAAACUUAAAUCUAGCUCCAAAAGAGCAGUCGUCUUUCAUUUUGGCAGACCUUAGAAUAUCCCCCUAGCUUAAUAAAUCUUUGUUGAAUGGCUUAAUGAAUGAAUAAACUGGUUAAUUUUUAAGUUAAACCUCUGAAAAGUCUCCAUUUACCAGAUCUGAGUCACUAAAUUUAUUGCUUUCACUACUUUUGAAUUUUGCAAACAUGAAAUUAAGUUUUAUAAUUAGAUAAAUCAAUUUCAACACAUAUUUAAAGUUUGAGGUACACUGUCUUCCUGUGGUUUCCUUUCACAUGCCAUCCCAUAAAAUCCCAGCUACCUACAGGCCAUCCCAUUCCUUCCCCUUUGCCUUUGCUCUAAUCUUCCCUCUCUGGGGGCUCUCUAAUUCGUCCUGGAAGUUUCCAAUGGUCUUAUACACUCUAUGUUCUUGGAGGACAGGCUCUAUGUCAGAUUUACCUCUUAUUCCAAAGAACUCAGAGCAUUUAUUUUGUUAAUUAAAUUGCACAUAUUUUUAAAAGUUAUGUGUUCCACAAAAUAAAAUACUAAUUGUAAA